AUGAGUACAGCAAGAUUCAUCAAAUGUGUUACUGUUGGAGAUGGAGCUGUUGGGAAGACUUGUAUGCUUAUCUCUUACACAAGCAACACAUUUCCUACGGAUUAUGUUCCUACAGUUUUUGAUAACUUCAGUGCAAAUGUUGUGGUUGAUGGUAGCACAGUUAAUCUUGGAUUAUGGGACACUGCUGGACAAGAGGAUUAUAACAGGCUUAGGCCUUUGAGCUAUAGAGGAGCAGAUGUGUUCUUGUUGGCCUUUUCGCUACUCAGUCGAGCCAGCUAUGAGAAUAUCUCGAAAAAGUGGAUUCCUGAAUUGAGACAUUAUGCUCCAACUGUUCCGAUUGUGCUUGUGGGAACAAAACUUGAUUUGAGGGAAGAUAGACAGUAUUUGAUUGAUCAUCCUGGAGCAACACCUAUAACUACUGCCCAGGGAGAAGAGCUGAAGAGGGCAAUUGGUGCGGCUGUGUACUUAGAAUGCAGCUCAAAGACUCAACAGAAUGUGAAAGCUGUGUUUGAUGCUGCAAUCAAGGUAGUUUUGCAGCCUCCAAAGCAAAAGAAAAAAAGAAAGAAGAACAGAUCAUGUGUUUUCCUUUAA